AUGCUCCUUCGGUGCGAAAAGGCAUUUCUUCCUUCUACUAGAUGCAUUACCUGUCAGACAUCAUCUCGAAAUGUCCACAAUUAUGCUUCUCCAGGCAAAUAUUCUUUGCCAGAUUCCACAGUACUUGCGCCUGCCCCUCCGUCAAAGCCGAAGUCUCCUCCUCUUGCAGUUCUCCCUCUUGGUUCAAUAAUCAGGUCACUAGCCAUUCUUUCCAUAUCCUCUUCUACAAUCCUCCUCGGACCCUCUCUUGCUGUUAUGUCCACACUCGCACAUUCCAAAUCAUCCAUACUCUCCCCCGACGCGAACGCAGUCCUUCGAUUCUUUCUCAAAAAGACCUUCUACCAACAGUUCUGCGCUGGGGAGAAUGCCGCGGAAGUCAAGCGGACAGUAGAUGAGUUAAAGAACAUUGGUUACAAGGGUGUUAUACUGGGUUAUGCACGGGAGGUUUCUCUAGACGAAAAACAGCAAAAGGACUUGGCCUCUCGUGGAGAAUCAGAGGCUGCAGAGGCUGCCUUACAGAAUGAGAUCCUCCCUUGGGCAAAAGGCACUUUGGAGACCGUCAAAUUAGCCACUCCUGAUGAUUUCGUGGCUUUGAAAUUCACGGGGGCCGGUAGCCAGGCUCUAUACGCUCUUACGCACCAGCAAGAUCCCUCACCUGCACUUAAAGAUGCGAUUGAUUCUAUUUGCGAUCUCGCUGUUUCUCGCGGAGUCCGGUUACUCUUUGACGCAGAACAAAGUGCCCUACAGCCUGGAGUCGAUGCAUGGACCCUCGAAUAUAUGCGGAGAUACAAUAAACAGGAGCCGGGAAAGGCUGUUAUCUAUGGGACCUAUCAAGCAUAUCUCAAAGCCGUACCCUCAGUACUAGCAUCCCAUCUGGCAGCUGCUCGCCAGGAAGGAUUUACGCUCGGCGUUAAGCUUGUCCGCGGCGCAUACCUUGGCUCUGAUCCACGACAUCUGAUCCACGACACGAAAGCCGAUACCGACCGGGCAUACGAUAGCAUCGCCGAGAGCCUAGCCCUUCGGUCCUACGGCCCCAUCCUUCAGCCGGCAGCCUCAGAAACCGACCAAGAAUUCCCAUCCGUCAACGUGGUCCUCGCGGGGCACAACCAGAACUCGGUCCGAAAGAUCCAAGCCAUCCGCAGCGCGCAGGCCGCGAAAGGCGAGCCGCAGAUCAACCUGGUCUACGCGCAGCUCCAAGGCAUGGCAGACGAUGUUAGCUGCGAGCUGGUCCAAGCGGGCAAGGUGACGGAAGGGGAGAAGACGCAGGUAUACCGACCGCAGGCGUACAAGUAUCUGGUCUGGGGCACGACGGGCGAGUGCAUGAAAUACCUCUUGAGAAGAGCGCAGGAGAAUAAGGAUGCGGUGCAGAGGACGAAGGAGGGCAGGAACGCGAUGGCGAGGGAGUUGGUUAGGAGGUUGAGGAAAGCCGUGGGGAUGGUGUAA